CUGCUAUGCCAUAUGGCAGAAAGAGAGAAAAAACAUGUUGCGCUUGUGACUCUGACACCGAACAAGAUGAGCGAUGCCAAAUUAAGUCCGGAUGAAAAUGAAGAGCAGCCUUUUAAUUGCAUUGACGAGGCAAAUGCAAUUAUAAACGACGUUAAAUCUCAUGUAGCCGAAAUUUGUAUCUCCUCAAAGUUGGCCAGCAAUGCCAGUCAAAUUUACUUAAACAUACGGACAAUUGAGAGUGCCACCUGCUGUGUCCAGGUAACAAGUCGUGGUUUUAAAAUAGUUUCCUCUCAAUAUGACACAAUAGAUGAGGAUAAGUUGAUCAAAGCUGCACUCAAGCAGAAUGGCAAUGGCGGAGCAAUACUUGACCAUGACAGGGAUGUGGAUGACGAUGAUGAGGAGAUAUUUGAGACACCCUACGCCUUGCUCGAUAAGAUAAGUCCACGUUAUGUGGAAUCAUUUGGCAAUCAAUUGUGCCAACAACUGCGUCAGCUCCAACAAAUGCGCACAGAAUUCCAUGAAGAAGACGAAGAGCAGGAGGAGGACGACGAGGAAUAGACGCAAUGCAAUUACCCAAUUUCAACCUGAGGCUGUAUACUCUCUUAACUUGACAUGAUUUUAAUGUUAGUUUAAUUGUUAUUAAUUAAUUGUAUGUGUGUGUAUGUGGCUAAUCUGAAGUUGCUCUUAAAGGUGGCUGAGGUCUUAUAAAGGUCUUAAACCAAAACAAAUUUGUUGGAAAAUGUUAUUGCGAAUUGUAUUUAGAUGUUGAAUAAGAAACAGUUUUGAAAUCAA